UGAUUUGUUUUGAGGUUAUGUUUACCAGAUCUUGAAUCACUGAUGUGUUGUUUAGUGUUGAUGUAAUUUUAGUAAAAAAUAUAAUGUUUUGUACGUUUUUCAUGAUAGAAAUCAAAAAUUUACUGUAGUUAUUUAAGUAAUUUAUAAAGCUUGUUGAAUACGCUCAUGCAGAAAUGAAGCGUCCGUCCUUUACGUUGAUAGUUUCAUCGCUAUUUUUUUUAUACAUCUCUCACUCAAUAUGGACGUUGAUGAAAUUAUUUAUUCCCCCGACUUGUGAUGAUGGAAAUUGCCUAUAUUACUACCUCCAGGAUAAACCAAAAUUACAGAUUGCUGCUUUCACUUCAAGUAGAGCAACACCAUCAUCAAUAUCAGAUAUUGAUCUUAUCGACGUUAUAAAAAACAUCGAUUAUGAAGAAGAAUUCGAAAGAGAAUGGACUCUGAAUAUUCGUGAUGUGACAAGACGUAACGGCUCACUGGUUUUGCAUCUGUUUGUACUUCCCUCUCAGUAUGACGUGAAGGACUGGAAAGAUGUGACUGGGGCACCAAAUACUGUUUACACCAGAUGCUACCUCACCAAGUACCAGUUGUCUGCCACCGGCUCUUAUCAGCUUCUUUCAGGAAAAACACCAACAAAAACAAGCCUGCGUACUGUCAGCCAUCUUAAGAACAGCAUCACACUGAACAUGUUGACCGGCUUGCCUUCUCUACAACUGAAUAGUGUACCUGGGGAGAUAGCUCAUUUAAUAAAAUUGUCAGGCAACGAUAAGUUUCUCCCUAUUGUGCAUUUCAAUUUUCUCAAUGAUCGAUUGAGAAAUCUUGUUGAAAUAACAUCGAAUUCAACAAAAAUGACUACUACCUUCAGUUAUUCGCCAAUAUCAAUUGGUAGAUUGAGGUUGAUGCUGCACAUAGAAUCAGCGUUCUCGUCAAUGAAGGCAUUGGGAUUCAACGAUAAGGACUCUGAUGAAGUGAAAGGAAUAUUUGCUGACACUCAUAUUUAUUUGUUAUGCGCAACUAUAUUCAUUUCAUCAAUGCAUUUGCUGUUUGACUUUUUGUCGCUUAAAAACGAUGUCAGCUUCUGGAGGUCGAGAGACUCAAUGGAAGGCUUAUCGUCUAGAACGGUGAUGUGGAGAUCUUUCAGUCAGGUGGUGAUAUUUUUCUAUCUUCUGGAUGAAGAUACUUCUCUUCUUAUCAUUAUUCCAUCCUUCGGUGCAACUUUAAUAGAGCUAUGGAAACUGCAGAAAGUCAUGCCAGUUGAUUGGAAGAAUUUUAAACUUAAAGAAGUCACUUUGAACGCUGCUGAACAAAAGACAAAAGAGUUCGACGCUGAAAGCAUGAAAUACCUCUCUUACAUUUUGUAUCCAUUGUGUCUUGGUGCAGCUAUAUAUUCCUUGGUCUAUGAAACUCAUCGAAGUUGGUAUUCGUGGACGAUACAUAGCUUGGUGAAUGGUGUCUAUGCAUUUGGAUUCCUGUUCAUGCUACCUCAGCUGUUUAUCAAUUAUCGAUUGAAGUCAGUUGCUCAUCUUCCUUGGAGAGCCUUCAUGUACAAGGCAUUCAACACUUUCAUUGACGAUGUUUUUGCAUUCAUCAUUACAAUGCCAACUGCGCACCGGUUAGCCUGCUUCCGAGAUGACGUCAUUUUCUUGAUUUAUCUCUAUCAAAGGUGGUUGUAUCCUGUCGACAAAACAAGACUUGCUGACGAUAUAGCAAUAGAUGAUUCAUCUUCUGCUGAGAAGAAAAAUAAAUGACGGAAUCUCUUUUCAAAUGAAAAAAUUGUAAGAUUAUUUGCUGAUUACGAUUCGCUGAUAAUAUUAAGAUUACUCAAUGUUAUUUGAAUAUUAGUUGUUAUUUAUUAUGACUUUUUUAUUUUAAAGUGGGUUACUGCUGACGGGAUCAUGUAGGCCUACGCUCAUAGAUAACUAUAUUUUUUCAUGUUUUGAUAUUUAUUGUGGUCAUAAUAAUGAAUAGUUUUCUUUGUUAUGACGAUCAAAUAGGAAUUAGUUUGUGAUUUGAAACUCAUUAUUACAAUCUGAUUGUUCAGAUAUCGUGCACCGUAGCUAAAAAUUAAAAGUUAUCUGGUCGUUUGAACCUAUAAUUUAUUAUUUAUAAUUUGUUAGAAUAAAAAAUUGAUUGAAGCUUCCACCUUGUAUAGCCUAGUUGAAAAUAUGUUUCAAUGUUACUUUUUAGCUUUAGUUUACAUAAUAAGUUUGUGCAAUAUGAAAUUUUCUCGUGUAAUUUCUUCAAUGCAUUCCAAAUUAAUUGAACAUUUCCGAUUGUUUAUAAAACAUGAGAUCUAAUUAGAGCAUAUUUGCACAUAAUUUACGCAUAACUGAAACAUCAUGAAAAUGCCGGCUGUGCUUUAAAUUUAUAUAUUUUUUAGAUGUUCAUGAUAGUUUAUUAAUAUUGCUAAAAUUAUAAUCUCAUUCUAAUCUAAAAAGUAGCAAAUCACAAGUAUUCAUUAAAAAUGUUGUUAUAUCAUUGUACUUAACUUGAUAAGAAAUAUGUCAAAGUUAGAAUUGAAUGUGAUUAGUGUUGAAAAUGUAGUUAUACAUAGAGAUGAUGUAUUUUCUCUAUAUAAUGAUGCAAAAGAGAGAGAGAGGAUUCAACUAUUAUGAUUCACAUUUUUUAAUUCACUUUCAUAAUUUGUCUU